GUUUUCUCUCUCUAUCCUCGUGUAUUCUAUAUACAACCAUUUGUUUUUACAGUUCUCAAUUCGCAUUUCAGCUGCAAUUCUUUAUAUUUAUUUUAUCUCUUGUAUUUUAUUACUUUCCUUAACGUCAUCCGCGCACACGAUGCAAGACGCUGCGCAUAACCACAACCAGCAGCCCGCCCUGGCCGACGCAGAAGACAGCCUAUCUGACAUCGACAGCCUUGACGCAGGUCCAAUAGUCAUGUCUGGAAGCAGCAGCAAAUCGACGUACUUUCUGUUCCUCGGCAUGGGCCUGGCUACUUUGCUUCCAUGGAACUUAUUCAUCAGCGCGUCCGAGUUCUACAGAUACCAGUUUGCCGGAAGCGUGCACCAGCAGACAUUCCAAAACUCGUUUUCAGUGGCAUACAUGGUGACCAACUUUAUGUUCAAUAUGUACGCCAUGGUCACGGUGACAAACUCUGACCCUAAUCGGCGCAUUUUCGCUGGACUAGCGGCAAACACAUUGGUGUAUGUUGUUGGAUUAAUCAUGCCGCUGAUGCGCGACUACCGCGGCGCACCAUCGUUUUACGUUGUUAUGCUGCAGCUCGCCACUACAGCGGCUGCCAGCGGAAUGCUCACUAACUCGUUGUUUGCGCUUGUGGCUCAUUUUUCGCCGUCGCAUGUCGAAGGUGUGUUCAGCGGCCAAGCCAUGGCCGGCAUUAUUGCCACCGUGGCCCAGCUAGUCACCGCGUACUCGGUGAAGCCCACCGACUUUGCUGCAUCGGCCGUGCCCGACGAUAAGGUAGCCGAGGGCCUGAUAUUCAGAACCAUCGCAUACUUUGCUUUUGCCACUGCUGUCAACCUGCUCUUGACCGCAGCGUUCUGGCACAUCAAGCGCGACCCGUACUAUAGACAGCAGAGCAAACUGGCGUGUCCGUCGACUAGUUCUUUGGGCGAUGUGGAUGCCGAGUCGGAGCUGCUAAUUUCCCGCUCGGCGCCGAAUUCACCACCGCUGGCUGCAGGCAUCGAGGCAUUCAGGACCACAUUCAAGCAGAUCUCGGGAUACACGUAUGUUAUUCUGCUGGACUUUUCCAUCACACUGGCCGUUUUCCCGUCGAUAACUGCCAUGGUGACGUCAACAUCUGGGUUCAAACUGCUGACAGAGUGGCAUUUUUUCCUGUACAACUGCGGCGACUUGAUUGGCCGUCGUCUGGCGCCCUCACUCGCGAUUUUUCGCUCGUCCUCGCUGUUUGCCAUUGCCCUGGCGCGUAUCCUUUUCAUACCGGCGUUUUUUGCUUGCCAUGUGAGUUUCUCCGUCUGGAAUAACUGGAUCGAGUCGGACUAUGUGUUUUUGGCACUUGUGGUUCUGCUCGGAAUCACUAAUGGCUUUUUGUCCACUCGCUCCGCGAUGCUUGCGCCAAGUUUGAGUGACCAGCCGACGAUUGCUGGGUCUAUCGUGGCUAUUUCCAUCAGCACUGGUUUGGCCAUGGGAUCAGUGCUUUCGUGGCCGGUGCGUGCAGCUGGAUGCAUGUGCUCGCCCUUUGGUGGCCACUGAGAUACACCCAACAGAGUAGAGCAAAGAAUAAUGUCUAGAUAAUAUUUCUAUUGUUUGUGGUUUUUUGUGUUGCCUUAUCACCUUGUUUUAUUUUUUAUUUUAUGGCAUGCGAAACAAAUAGUAUGUUAUAUUCUCACUAGCCUCUGUUCCCCCUCCCCCCCCGCUUAAUUUUCACUGUUAAUCAAGAGAAACAAAAUUAAUGCUUUUUUGGCACCCAAGAUACAAAUUUACAAAGCUUACAAAAAUCGCAACACUAUAAAAUUUUAAAUUUAGAAUAUCAUCCCAACUAUGUUCUUUAUUAAAAAAAGAGUCGGGAAUUUAAUUGUUCAAAAAUAUAGUUAUUUGUGGAGUGCAUGUCUCUGACAUACUUUUUUACUCCCACGCCUCUUAUUUGAAUGUGAAAAAAGCCAUCUAUAAAAAUCAAGAUGAAUUUAAAUUUACUUGUGACAAUGUGCUGGAUCUAAACAUAGAGAAGC